CAUCAUUGGUGUCAGAGUGAAGAAUCGUGCCCCAUCAUUGGUGUCAGUGGGGGGAAUAGCAUCCCAUCAUUGGUGUCCGUGGGAGGAAUAGCACCCCAUCAUUGGUGUCAGUGGGAAGAAUCGUGCCCCAUCAUUGGUGUCAGUGGGAGGAACAGCACCCCCUCAUUGGUGUCAGUGGGAGGAAUAGCGCCCCAUUAUUUGUGUCAGUGGGAAGAAUCGUGCCCCAUCAUUGGUGUCAGUGGGAGGAAUAGCGCCCCAUCAUUGGUGUCAGUGGGAGGAAUAGCGCCCAUCAUCAUUGGUGUCAGUGGGAGGAAUAGCGCCCCCUCAUUGGUGUCAGCGGGAGGAAUAGCACCCCAUCAUUGGUGUUAGUGGGAGGAAUAGCGCCCCAUCAGUGGUGUCAGUGGGAGGAAUAGCGCCCCAUCAUUGGUGUCAGUGUGAGGAAUAGUGCCCCAUCAUUGGUAUCAGUGGGAGGAAUAAUGUCCCAACAUUGGUGUCAUGGGGAGAGGAAUAGUGCCCCAUCGUUGGUGUCAGUGGGGGGAGGAAUAGUGCCCCAUCGUUGGUGUCAGUGGGGGGAGGAAUAG